CCGAUAUGCCCAAACAUGUCGCAAUGCCGCUCACUCUCCAUUACAAACAUGGAGUUUAAAGUACUGUUCUUUGUUUUAUUAUUUGUUGCAACAUCAUAUGCUGAGCCUAAAAGCUAUGAAGGUUACAAAGUUUAUAAAGCAGUUCCUAAAACAGCUGAUGAAGUGGAAGGUCUGAUCAAAUUGAAAAUAAGUGGUGUAACCGAGUUUUGGGAUGAUAACAUUGAUGUUAAUCAAAAUGUGAAGAUUAUGGUUUCGCCAGCUCAUGAAGCGGAGUUCAUUGAAAUUAUAGAAAGAGAUAAUAUUGAAGCGACGCUAGUGAUUGAUGAUGUGCAAAGAGCCAUCGACGACCAGAUAAUUCCUGUCUCCAGACGUAAAGGAAGUGGUGGUGGUAGACCCGGCGGUGGCAGACCCAGCGGUGGCAGUGGUGGUAGACCCAGUACCAGUACAGGAUCAAGAGGCAGCAAUGGCCUUCUAACCUAUUACGCCUACACAUCUGCAAGUCGUCGAACCAGAAAACGGUACCAACGAAACGCCGACACAUUGUUCUCAUUCACAUGGGAAAGAUAUCACACAUUGGACACAAUCUAUUCCUGGCUAGACGAAUUAGCAGAAGCUUUCCCGGAUGUAGUAAGAACAGUAGUCAUGCCAGGUCAAAGCGUAGAAGGCAGACAGAUAAAAGGAGUCAUCAUUGAUUACCACCCAGAGAGAACAGAUAAGAAAAUUGGUAUGUUCGAGGGUGGGAUUCACGCUAGAGAGUGGAUUUCACCAGCAACUGUUACUUGGAUAAUCAAAGAGUUUUUGGCGAGCGACGAUCCAGAAGUUGUAGCGAUGGCUAAUGAAUUUGAAUGGCAUAUCUUCCCUGUUGUGAAUCCUGAUGGAUACUCUUAUACCUUUACAGAUAGAAGAAUGUGGAGAAAGAAUCGUAGCAAGGUUAAUUCCACUUCCUGUGCGGCUAUCGAUUUUGAAGAUGACAUAAGCAACGGCGUAGAUCUUAACAGGAACUUUGAUUUUGAAUGGAACACGGCGGGAACAUCGGACAACCCUUGUUCGAACGUUUUCCCUGGUCCAUCACCAGCUUCAGAGCCCGAGACUCGAGCCAUACAGCAAUACGUCACAAAUCUAAGGCAACAAGGAGAGAUCAUUUACUACGUCGCAUUCCACUCUUACAGUCAGUUGAUCGUCGUGCCGUACAGUCAUCUGAGUUCAUUUUGGGUGUUGUCGAUUCCUGGCUUUGCGAACAUGUUUGAAAUAGCUGUAAGAGCAGCUGACGCACUAGCAGCCAGGAGCGGUACGACAUACAGAGUUGGUCUUUCAGCGGACAUUAUGUACUUGAUGAGCGGUACAAGCUUCGACUGGGUUAAGACCACCGGUGUUCCAGUUGCAUAUUUAAUAGAACUCAGAGAUCUGGGUGAUUAUGGUUUCCUGCUACCAGCAGAACAGAUCAUUCCGAACAAUCUAGAAAUCAUGGAUGCUAUUCUUGAGAUGGACAGAGCAACAAGGGAUCUGAAUAUUUAUACACGAGUAUCUUCUGCUGGUACUGUUGUGACGUCAAUGCUUUUGGUAGCAUUUGGUGUUGUCAUUGCCAUUAUCUACUGAUAGUACUUUGGAGAUAGUAACCUACAUUAAUUUUAUGAUCGGUAUGUAGUAUACAGAAAUUUAAAACUUUGGUCGUUAUACACAUCUACCAUCGGACUCUUAGAUGCACGGCCGGUUUCCAUCCUUUCUUGGCAGAUAUACCGCAAUUCGCACGAAGCGCUUUGCUUCUUCUUUUCUUAUGCGCACUGCCAAGGAGUGGAAUUCUUUGCCGGC